AUGAGAAGUACAGAGAGUCAGAAAACAGAAGAGAAUAUAAAUAGUUUGAAAGGAAUGAUAGAGAAGGUUCAGAUGCAGAACAGAGAAAACAAGAUAAGGCCAAAGGAAAAUACAGCAAAACAAGAACACAAACAAGUACAAUCAAAUUCCAAGACAGAGGCAGCAGGUAGAACAAACACACCAAAUAAGCCUUUAAACCGUACUGCAAAUGGUCAGAGUGUUCCAUAUCUUGGAAAUAUUGAAGCUAGGGUAUCUGUGCCAUUUCUAAAGGACAAUUCUUUUGAUCUUCCAAUUCUAGUGGUGCCAAAUACCAGUAAUAAUUCUAACAUUCCGGUGAUUAUUGGAACGAAUUUCUUUCGGCUCUGCCGUCUUGAAACAUCUAAUGAGGCGAUACCUGAAGAAUGGGAUAAAGCAUUUAGAAGUUUGGUAAAUGAUUCGGUAGGAAUUGUCAAGUCUACACAAAGGAUCAAUUUAAAACCGUUUGAGACUAGAACUGUAACCGGUUUCGUCAGAAAAUCUUCACCUAUUGAAAGUGUUGUGACAGAACCCUGUGAUGAUCAGCAUUGUUCUAGCAGAGUGGACGCCUGUCCAAGAGUUGUAACUCUCAACAAACCUGGUAAUAGUGCAAGAGUUCCUGUCAGAAUAUUCAAUCUUUCUGCUAAAGCUAUAUCGCUACCACCAAAGUCAAAUCUUUGCCAAUUACAGGAAGUUAAAGUUUUAAGAUCAGCACCAAUGUUCGAUGAAGAAAAUCAAGACAAAACUGCUACAGUAAACCAACAAAACAUUGAUGACACUAACCAAGAGAAGGAAGAUAUAACAAAGAGAUUUAGUAUUUCGCUAGACAACAGCAUGCUAAAGGAAGAGCAGAAGGCAAAAGUCAAGAACAUGUUCAACAAGUGGGAACAUAUAUUCUCUACAGGAGCAACUGAUUUAGGAGAAACAGAUUUUUUAGAACAUGAAAUACACCUGACUGAUUACACACCAUUCAAACAACCAUAUAGAAAUAUAGCUCCAGGAUUAAUGCAGGAAAUCAAAGAACAUAUACAUGAAAUGCUUGCAUGUGGUGCGAUAAGACAAUCCAACAGCCCGUUCUCAUCAAACGUCGUUAUUGUCUUGAAAAAGGACGGUCAGAUUAGAUUCUGUAUAGAUUUUAGAACCAUCAACAAUCGAACGAUAAAAGAUACUUAUGCCAUUCCAAGAAUCGAAAAUAUUCUACAUCUUUUAUCCGGCUCAAAGUAUUUUUCGAAAUUAGAUUUAAAAGCAGGUUAUUGGUACCAGUAA